UUGUGGCUGGACGUCCAUUUUGUCUGUAUGCCUUGAGAGAAAGAUUAAUUGACGUUUGGCUAAAAAAAACCGCGGUAAGCGUCAAUGUAGAUGGGUCUACAACCUUUAGAAUUUGGUGAUUGCCUCACCGACAGUCCCUUUUUUAGGGAAAAACUCCAUGAACAUGAAAAGGAACUGGAAAGAACUAGCAAGGCGAUCAAGAAUCUGAUUCAACAUGGAAAUAAAGUUCUUGAAGCUGCCAAACAACUAUCUGUCGCCCAGAAGCAAUUUGCUAAAGAUCUGACAGAGUUUAACUUUGAGACCAUCAACAAUCAACAAACGGAUGAUGAACGAAUUAUUGCUCACUCUCUUCAAGAAUUUGGUAAAAUUAUAACAGCCAUUGAAGAGGAACGACAAGUUAUGUUGAACAUGGCAAGUGAACAGUUUGUGAAACCUUUAGAAACAUUCCGUAAGGAGAAUAUAGGUGCUGCUAAGUACGAUUCUAUUAAGGAAGAGAAGAAGGUAUUUGAUAAACAAACAACAAAGUUUUGUCAAUCGUUAGAAAGAUAUUUAAAUAUGAAGAAUAAGGUGAAUGAAAGCACACUACAGGAGGCCGAUGCAUCAUUAGAAAUGGAGAGAAGAGGAUUUUAUCAAGCUUCUAUGAAAUAUGUUCUUAAAUUACAUGAAGUCCAGGAGAAAAAGAAGUUUGAAUUUGUUGAAAUUUUAUUGGGUUUUAUGUAUAGUUGGUUAACUUUUUAUCAUCAAGGGCAUGAAGCAUCUCAAGAUUUUAAACCUUUUAUGAUCGAUUGUCAACAAAGAUUACAAAAGACUCGAGAGAGUUUUGAAUGUACAAAAGAACAAGCAGAGCAAUUAAUGAAUAAAAUGCUGGAGGUCCGUGGCACGGGGCAGAUGGUAUCAGCUAUGAAACCUAUGGAUCAAUCUGGUACAAUUAAAGGUUUUACAAGACAGGGCUACCUCUAUCUUAUGGAACGAAAGGCACUAGGAACAACAUGGACCAAGUAUUAUUGUCAAUAUAAAAAAGAUAACAAAGAGUUCUUUAUGAUUUUAUAUAAUCAACUUGGAGGAAAAAUGAGUGUCCCAGAAAAAAUGGUUCUUGAUCAGUGCAUUAGACGAGCUUCUGAGUCCAUAGAGAAGAGAUUUUGUUUUGAUGUAAUUGUGAAAGAAAAACAGAAUAUGACUAUGACAUUCCAAGCUUUAUCAGAGGAAGAUAGAAGAUUAUGGUUAGAUGCUAUGGAUGGUAAAGAGCCUAUUUAUAAUCCACCAUCAAUAGCUAAAUCAGAAGACACAUUUUUAGAUGAUAUCGGUUUUGUAUUUAUUAAGAAAUGUUUAGCAGCUAUAGAAUCUAGAGGUUUACAUGAACAGGGACUAUAUAGGGUAGUAGGUGUUAAUUCUAAAGUACAGAAAUUAAUUAGUCUAGGUUUAGAUCGUAAAAAAGGAGAUAAAUUAUCGUUUGAAGACCCUGGUGUGUGGGAAACUAAAACUAUUACAAGUGCUGUUAAAAGCUACCUCAGAUCUUUACCCGAACCUUUAAUGGGUUUUAGAUAUCAUAAUGAUUUUAUGAAGGCUGCAAAACAUGAAUCAAAAAGGUUACGGAUAUUAGAUAUUCAUAAACUAGUCCACAAACUACCUGAUGCUCAGUUUGAGAUGUUAGAAAUACUAAUAGGACAUUUAUCAAGGGUAGCUAGUGAAAGUGAUAAAAAUAAGAUGACUGUUGCUAAUCUCGGGGUGUGUUUUGGUCCGACGUUAAUGCGACCAGAAGAGGAGACGAUGGCAGCCAUCAUGGAUAUCAAAUUCUGUAACAUUGUAGUAGAAAUUCUUAUCAAUAAUUAUGAUGAGAUAUUUGGGUCACAGCCUGAAGAUGUUGAUCCUAGUAGUCGGAAAGUUCUACGUAAACAUUAUGACCCAUCGCAAAAAACAACGGCAGCUAAAAACAGUUCUGCAGCUAACAACAGUCGACCAGUUAAUUCAUCAACACCAGUAUUAUCAAGGGAACAGGGGGCAAUUGGGGGACAUAUUUAUUCUAAUUCAGCACCAGUACAUCCCUCAGCAAAAAGUCGGUCCACUAGACCUGUACAGAUUUAUAAUGCUAACACCGGUGGAUUUGAAACUCAUAGUAGUACUAGCGGUAGUUCGGAUUCGUUGAAUACAUCUAAGAAUAAUCAUCAUCCACGACAAGCAGCUACAUCACCUCAAUUAGAUUCACGACGACGGGGUAGUAAUAGUAGUACACCGCUUUAUUCUAAUAUUAGUGCAAUAGGAAUACCAGAGAUAUUUGAAUAUGGACCCAGAUCACCAAUAUCACCAUUAUCACCAUCAGGUGAAAAACCUGUAUGGGCAAGGGUGGGACCAUCUCCCGGUCCUCCACUAAAAGCAAAUCGUUACGCUUUAAAUGUGGCCGGUGCAGAAUCACCGACUUUUGGAAGUGUGAAGAAAAGAAGUUCAAAUGAUUUUAGUUCUUCAAUGAAUUCUUCCAUGCAGUCAAGUAUGACAGGGAGUGUUGGUGGUUUAUCUAAUAGUAGUGUAGGCCCUAAACCUAAAAGGUUAGCUAGAGCAUUAUAUAGAUGUAAAGCAGAAAAUCCUACAGAAUUAUCCUUUGAAGCUAAUCAACUUAUUCAUAAUGUAAGACCGUCAAGAGAACCAGGCUGGUUAGAAGGAACGUCGUGUGGGAAGACAGGACUCUUACCAGAAAACUAUGUCGAAUUUAUUGAUUAGUAAUACAAGAAAAUGAAGAAUUAAUUCAUUUGUUAAUUGUUAUUAUCUAAGCAAAAGGUGUAAGGCACAAGGUACAGGUAAAGCCGAUAGAAAGAAAUGUAUAUCACGAAUGAUAAGCUUAGUGCUAAAUCGAAACUCUUGACAAUGGCUCAAGUCUGUUUGUUGAAGCUUCAACCGUAUAUUACAAUGUACAACAUUUUUAUAAAAUCAUAAAUUGUCUUGAGUUUCAAGUUUGUCACAAACUUUUUAUAUAUUAAAAAAAAGUGCCAAAUUUUGAUACAGUUAUAGAAAAUGUGAUGCCAUGGAAAAUCCUAGGUUUCUUAGAUGUACCUAAUCUUUAAUUAGUUGUAUCGUAAAUAAUAACAAUUAUUCAACAGCUUUCAUCUAUAUAAUUUAUGGACAUAUCAAAAAAUAACUACGUAAAAAUUCCUUCUACAAGAAUCUCUGGGAAAUUAAAUAUUAAACUUUUAUGUUGUCAUUGAAUAAGAUGAGGAUUAUUGCAUGAAUUUUCAUUUACUGAUAAUGUACAUAUUGAUUCGUCAUUUUGUUGAUGUCAAGUUUUUAUAUUUUGUUAAAAUCUUUUUUUCUAAAUAGAAAAGACUGGAGAGUUUUAACAAUUAACAUACAAUGAAAUAACAAUCAGGGAUAUUUACAGCUUUAGGACUUACGAAAAUAUAUAUCAAAAUAUUGUUAGGCCAGGCUAUAAAGAAAUCAACACUUGGGUUUUGUUUCUUCAUGGCUAAAGCUAACACUUCUAAGUUCAAAAAAUAAUUAGAUUUACACAUACCCCAAUAAAGAAAUUUACUGAGAUUUUAUCAAAUUUAUGUUAAAAUUCCAUAGAAUGUAAAAUUGUAGCAUUUUGAAAAACAUUGACUAAUAUCCAAGAUUUUGGUUUAAAAAUCAUCAUUUCGAGAAAAUUUCUUUUCUGUGUGGCCUAGAUUUAAACAAUUCUAAAUUUGAAAUCAAAAUGAACCAGUGUGAUAAUAAUUGCAAAUAUUUUUCGCACAGCGCUUGUUGGAUAACAAAUGCUGAUUUUAGCAUUUUAAGGUUUUUUUAUUUGUUUAUUUUGUUAUUGUUCAUCUAUGUUAAUCAUUAUAACCAAAAAUUCAUGAAGUCACAAAUUAAAAUUCCAUAGUAAACUUUACGCUUUCUUUUUAGUGAACAUUGAUUUUAAGAAUGCUUAUGGCAAUCUCUUAAAUUGGACUUAAUACCUAUUUGUCUGAUUUUAAUGGCUGAUUUUAAGUCCAGAUUUUAGAUAGAAACUAGUUUUAAGCAAACUAUUUAGCCUAAUAAACUACAGUAUCUUUUGUUGUGGUUUUUAUAAUCAUAAUAUUACUACGAUUUCACAUAAUAUGCUCAAAUAAUGUUUUUUUAAAUUAUUUUGGAUAAAGAUCAUCAUAAAAAUGAAAAAUCUGCUCAUGCUCUACCGAGCCUUAAUAUUGAAUCUCUUAUAAAUGAAUGGAAAUGUCUUUAAUUUUUUAGGGAAAUCUUUUUUUAAAUCUUAAAUUUUAUGAUAAAAUUCUUGUGAAAUAAAUCUUUUCUCAUUUACAUUACAACCAUUGCCAAACUAACGUUGCUCCCUGAGACUUAUGGAUUUCCAUAUUGCAUUUCAUUUGAUAAUAUACUGUAUGCUCAAAUGUCUAUAGCUCAAAUAAUUGUAAAUGUUGAUACAUUGCGACUUCAGUAAAAUUGAGGUCUGGGUGUUGUAAUGUUAGAAUAUUUAAACAGGUCUUCAGAUGGUUAAAUGAGUAAAUAAAUAAAUGACGUCAUUAUUUUCCAGAUUAGAAAAGUUAAAAUGCUUCGGUAAAAUAAUAUAGAGAGUUAUUAGUAUUUUACCAAAAAUUUCUACUUCUAUUUUAAUUUAGAGGAAUAAAUAACAAAUGAAGUAAAUAAUAGGUUGCUUUUGCUGAGCAUAUAAAGGAUAUAUUUAAAAAAAAUUUUUUGCCUUCAUAAUAUAUUGUAGCCUACUAUAUAACAAGGUAGUUGAGAUGAGAUUUCUACUAGGAAUGAUAUAUAUUAUAUUUUCAACAUUCAGACAGAUUUCUAUUCUGAUUUCGAAUUACAAAUGGAAUGACAUCAAAUUUGUUUACAUGAGUUAAGAAAUAUAUAUUUUAAUUGUUCUAGUCAUAAUGUGUGAUGAAAGUCUUUCACUAUGUGAAUUUUAUGUAGGUUAGAGGCAAGAUUUUUUGAAGAGUAAAUGUUAGUUUAUCUACGCAGGUUUUACUUGUAUGGUAAAUAAAAAGUUUAUCUAAGCAGGUUUUAUUUGUAUGUUAAAUAAAAUAGUUUGGAGAAAUCUUAGGUUAUAGCAGAUUUCGAAAAUCGGUUUAAACAUUGGUAAAAAAUAAUAUAUCGUCAUUUGAUCAAAUCUUAUUUUGGAGUAAUUGGUGCUUUGGGUUAUUUAGCAUUAUUCGUUUGGCGUAAAUGAAAGAUCUAUAGUAACAUUAUUUCUUUUAAGGAUUAUUCUGAUUAUUUUAUCUGUUAAGGCUUGCAUGCAUUAAAUCAUUUUAUUCUUUUAUCGUACCUUAGUUUAUUGCUAGAAGGUACAAUUUGGUUGUUCACAUGAUAUAUUGGUGUACUGUUUACUUGAUAUAUUGGUGUACUGUUUACUUGAUAUAUUAUCCGCUGAUAUAUUGGUGUACAGGUAACUUGAUAUAUUAUCCGUUGAUAUAUUGGUGUACUGUUAACUUGAUAUAUUAUCUGUUAAUAUAUUGGUGUACUGUUUACCUGAUAUAUUAUUGGUUAAUAUAUUGGUGUAUAGUUUACUCAAUAUAUUAUCCGUUGAUAUAUUUAUUGGUGUACUCGAUGUAUUAAUAUUGAUAUACUGAUAUAUUAUCAUCUGUUGAUACACGAUAUACUGUUCUCUCAAUAUAUUAUCUCUUGAGAUGUUGUACUGUUCAUUGGAUAUACUAUUAGUUGAUAUAUUGAUGUACUGUUUGUUCACUCAAUAUAUUAUCUAUUAUCUUGUACGGUUUAAAUUGCAGCAUACUACAUGAUGAUUCAUUUAUUAUCAAAUUAUUACCUUAAAUUUAAUGAGUAAAUGACAAAUCUAGUAGUAUUAACUAGCAUUUAUAAGAGGAAUGAACAGAACACCACAAUAAAUUAUGACAGCAGCUAAUUGUUAAUUAUGAUAGAUAUAUUGCCCAGCUCUCAUUUCAGACAUUUCAGUUGCUUCUUAAGAUAGACCUUGGUUUGAAAUUAUUGUUUAUGUUAGCAUCCCUCCCCCCUCCCCCCCCAAAAAAAACCCCAACAAAACAACAUAACUUUUGUAAUAUCUACAUGUAUAAAUCUUAAAUGCUUUUCCUAGACAAAUUGGGAUUUGGUGGCUGAGUGGUCCCAGACUGUAAGGUCUGUUUUUUUGAUUCACAUGUUUUGAUCCCAGAAUUUUUUAUGACCAUAAACUCCGGAUUAUAUUGUAAACAGAGUUAUUAUUGAAAUAAAGAUACACCACAUGUUAGUCCCAAAAUGACCUUUUGAGUUAAAUCACAUUUCUUUCUCUCUAGAUAAAUCUUUUUCUGCCUUAACUGCUGUACACCAAAUAUAUGAUUUAAUGCCUGUAAAAUGUUUGAAUUGAGAACUAUAAUAUGUUGCAAGCUUUAUAUUAUAUUCAUGUUAUGAAAGUUUUUAUUAUCUACUCUUAUCACAUGUAUCAUAUUAACAUCCUAUUCAUUCAUCUUCUAUUAAUAAUAUUAAUUCAUAUAUUGUAAUAAUAUUUCAUGUGAAACAAUCAUAAUUUUUUGUGUAAAAUAUACAGUGUUAUUGAAUGUUAAUGUAAAUAAUAAACCAUGUACAGUUUUGAAAAUUUUUUUAAUUAAAAAAAUGAAAUGUUUCAUAAAAUUAAUUUAGGGGAAAUUUAUAUCCUCCAUGAGGUUUGAUUUUAUCCCACCAUUUAUAAGCUUACUAUUAUAUAUGUAAAAAAAUAUUGGUGCAGUUUGUAUAGUCAGUGUAGUAAAGAAGUUAUUGGUAAUGGAGCAGGGGUUUGAAUUAUUUUGUACAAUUAACAGUUCGUUUGAAAACUUUAAACUUAUAUUAGCUAAUCCUCUCUGAUGUUAAACUCAAAUUCUGAAUUGGAAUAAGAUUAAAUUUUUGGGUCAGAAAGAUUAAGCGGAAGCCGGAAGCCACAAACUGACGAAGCUUAUUUUUAUAUUUCCUGACUUUAAAUUUAUUUUUUCAAGGAAAACAGAUAAUCAUCCCCCCAAAAACAGUGGACAAAGAUAAUUAAAUUGACAUUUUAAUUUUUUUUAUCCAAAUGAAAGAGGUCUAGCCAAUGUAAGAAUUUUGCUUUCAUCUUUGAACUAUGGUUGAACAAGACAAAGAUUUGGACUUCCUGAUUUUGAUUAGAAGUGAAGUGACCUUUUUAUCUGUAGUAUGUGCCAUUUUAAUCACUUUAUUUCCCGUUGAAGGGAUAUCAAUCUAAAAUUGAAAUAGUGCUUUUAAAAAUUAAUUUUAUGAAAAAUAAAAUGGAAUAUAGGUCUAGCAAAUAAUAACUGUAGUCAAGUAUUAGAGGCAGAAUUGCCCCUAGUACAACACAUGAAUUACAACAAUUUCAAAUAAAGUUCUAUUGAUAAGUAUGAGCAAUGGAUUUUAAUGAAUAAAUAAAUUAUAAUUAUAACCUAGGUCUAUAUAUACAAACAUAUCUUUAAUUAAGAGAGAAAAUAUAACUUCACUAUUUGAAAUUCCAUUUCUACUUUUAAUUGAAACAAAACCAGCAGUAGACUGUAUACCACCCGCAACUGAGUCAACUAAUCUCUGGAUAUGCAUUGGUUUUAGGCUUAAUCUAUAAUUAAUACUUGAAAUAAAUUUCAUAACUGUUGAAUAUCAAAAUGGAACAUGUGAUAUUAGAAUAUCACAUGGUUGUUUCUAUAUCUCUUCCUCUUAAUAUUAAAACCUAAUCUUUAACUGAGGUUAAUAUUAUAUGCUAAACCUAUGAUGUAAUAGACUAUGUUUUUUAUGUUAUCACUAUGUCUUUUUGUAAUAUUAACCAUGUCAAUUUCUUAUUUUCUUACAAGUUUUUGGUAUAUAAAAGCAAGUUCCAUAACUUAAUGAAGUUUAUAGCAUCAUUGGCAUUUCAAUAAUAAAAGCUUAUCAUGACAUCAGAUAUUGUAUAUAUAUAUUCAUUAGGUUUAUAUUGCUGCCCUACUUAUUCCAAAACAUUUAUUGUGUAUGAAAAUUGUCAUGAAACAAAAGGUGGACAAAUUUGCAUGUAUCUAAAACUAUUAAGGAUAUUGUUUUGUUUUGUUCAUGUUUAGUUCAUUAAUUAAAUGCUAUGCAAUAUUCUUAUUUGUAUAUUUAGAAAAGAAAAUUCCUCAAGUACUAGGCUAUAAUUGAUUGAUUGAUGUACAUAUAUAAUAUUAAAAUAAACUAUUACUAGUAUAA